AUGGAAGAAACACUGGAAAAAAAACUGGUGGUGAAGAGAUUGCUGAGAAAAAAUGAAAAGUUCCAAGAUGGAAAAGGCGCGAAGAAAAGGAUACACAGGAUAAGAAUGGCCCUGUUAAAUAUGAGUGAAAAAGAAGAAAACUGUUUUCUAUUGGAUGUGUACCCCUUAAUCAAAAGUUACAUAAGUCAUUGCGUCCCGUGUUAUUGUCUCAAUAGGACAUACAUUUUUCGGAAGAGUAUACUUAACAUUUUCCAUUCCAUGAUAUAUAAAUUUAAAAAGAUCAAAUACAUCAUAGAGAUUUUUGACAUUUGCUUGAAUCUCAUCGUGAAGCAAAAUGAAGAAUACACAAUUAUCUGUAUAAGAAUAAUUACUGAAAUAUGCAAGUUACAUAAGAACGAUUUGAUACUGUUCGAUAUUUACAAAUAUGUUAAUGUAGUUUCUUUGCAAAUUUUGAAGGCCUUUUACAACAGGCUAAUUGGUAAGGUUAAAAGAGGGAAAUUUCUGAAGUCGGCAAUAAAUGUGUAUAGGAAAAGGCACAAAAAAAUUAGGUGCGUGCGAAGCAGUGGGGAUUCCCUAAAGGUAGUUAGAGAAAUCAUUUUAUCAAAUUACGUUCUGAUGAACUUAUAUCCAAAUUUAUUAAAGAUUAAUGAAAAUUACGUGAAAAUUUUGUGCAAAAUUCUGUCCCUACUUAAUAUAUGGGAUUUUAAGUAUUCCAGGGCGUUCUGCAUAGAAUAUAUUCACUGCUCAAGAGAUGUGGUUUGCAAAACAUCCUACAGUUACCAUUUUUUGGACACUCAUUUGUCCGUGGGGAAAAAUGAACUCGGGUUGAGCGAUCCUUGUGGGAAUGUUUUAUAUCCUUGUAAAUUCGAAAGGCUUUACAACUAUUUGGUUGAUGAUAGUAUCCCUUUGGAUAGUAAGGUCGUUAGAGGGAAUUCCAAAAUUUCCCAGAGGAAGGACACUGAUAUGAAUAAAUUUGAUGAGAGUAUCCCGCAGGAAUAUAACGUCCCAUUUCAUUGCGAAGACGAGCUUGUUAAGAAUUUUGGUGUGAAGAAAGGGAAGAAGCAAUUUUACAAAAAUGUAAAUUACAAAAAUUACGAGAUUGAUUUGUCGAAGGUAUCCGAUGUGUGGAGUCUAAAAAAUAUGGUCGUGUAUAUGCUAAUCUUUUUUUUAAGGAUGGAUAAAAUGAAUAAAUAUUUUCAUCUUAAGGAAUUUCUUAUAGAGAAAAUUCUUGAAUUUUUGAAAUAUGAGGAAAAGCAUAGCAUGGAAGAGGGAAAAAUAUUUAUGGAGAAUAUUCGGUUACUGUUACAUGAGAAUUUUAAGAAAAAUAUGAAGUACUAUUUGGGCCUUUUCCUAAAUCCAAGUACGUACAGAAGUUUUUUAAGGUAUAAAAAUAAUGGACACUUAGAUGAGCAGGUAUUUGUCCUAAUACAUGACAUUUUCCACUACUUUAAGGAUCAACCUGUGUGGAAUUAUGAAGUUAUUAAGAGUUGCAUAUCUGCUUAUUCCUUGGUCAUUAUGAGUAAGAAGAGCUUUAUCUUCAUUCAGAAAGUGUGUGUAAAAUUGCUAAUGUAUAUAAUUGAAAUAUUAUUUGCAAUGAAGAAGAAAAGCGCGGAGUACUUUUCCCUCUAUUUUGAUAUUAUAAAUAUUAUGCUGCAGAAGAGUUAUUCGUUGAAGUGCGAAUUGUAUGACCUCUAUAGGAGGGGCCUGCGCUAUAGUAGGGAGGAUAUGAUGAGUGCAGAUGGAAGGACAAAAAAAGGGAGAUACUUUCAUCUGCGUAGGAAGAACAAAUUGUGCAAAGAUAGAGAAGUAAUGAAGUACGAUUCGGAUCAUCUUUCCAAAUUUGUUUUGUCGCGCAAAUAUUUUCUGCAGAACAGGAUAAAAAAAGAAGAGCAUUUGGAAAAAAUUAAAGCACCUGCUAAAUAUUACAGUCAUAAAAAUGGAACUAAAAAGGGAAAGGUAGCAUUAAAGGAUGUAAGGCUUAAGAACCACUGGAAGUUAGAGGAAACGCACGACAUAAGUGAGCUCCUAGAACAAUAUAAAUUUCUUCUAUAUGCCAUUCAUGAUUGUGUAAGGAGCAACAUAUUUUAUAUUUAUUUGUAUUUUAACAAGGAGGCCAUUAUAUGUAAGUUGGAUGGUGAAAAAAGGAGAAGUAAUAUUUCACAGGACGAAAAUUGUAACAUUUCGAAGGAGGGGUUAAAUUGUUCUGGUGAAUAUGUGAAUAAUGAUUUGAACAGGAGGGGUGACAUUUUCGAUAGUUGUACGUCGAAGGAAAAUGCUGUUAAUGUGAAUAGUGCUAACGUGGGUGGUGUAAACGAAUGUGAUGACACCGCGAAAGGGAAGAAUGACAAAAAACCCGCGAGCAAGAGGAAAAGGAUUAGAAAGAUCGGUAGUAUAAGCAAGCGAAAGCGCCCCAGUCGUCCUAAGAACCCCAAUAAAAGUGUAAAAAAUGUAGAACGUAGUAAUGAUGUAAAAAAUGGUUACCCUAAUGGAGGGUCCACGUUUCAAAGAAGCAAUGGUAAUAUUGUAUCCAACUUGGAGAACGGGGUGAAGAAUGAAUUAGGACAAUCACUCAACGCAGGUGAGUAUAACUGUCAGACAGAAAACGGGAAAUUAGCAUCUUGCAAGGAUUGGGGGGCUCCUAUCAGUAAGGUGCCUUUAAAUGUGAGUAACAUCGAACAUGAACAAAAUAAUUAUAUAGCUUUGAAUUAUCUGCAGAAUAACGAUGAUCUCCUUAUUAGUAAUUAUAAUUGUAUUUUGAGCGGUGGCGACAUGAUUAGUGAAAUAAAUGGAAGGACCGAAUUGGCAUGUGCUGUGAAGGAUAAUUAUUCUGGUACCUACACAGCUGACAAAAAUUUCCACAGUUAUAUGAAUAAGUACCAUAAGGAAAAUGAGAACAAACUGAAUGGCCUUAUGUAUGGCUGCACUGUGGAAAAAGUAAACAAUUCGCAUUCUUUCAUGAAUGGUUAUAGGAAUAUAAAUGAUAAUGGAAUCAUUAAGGGGCAGCAUUGUGAGUUUGCUAAGGAAGCGCUUUGGAGUACGGGGGAAGAUAUAUUUGAGGAGAAAGGGAAUAUAAUAAAAAGUCAAUGCGCCAGCCAAAAUGUUUUUAUAAAAAAUGGAAAUAAUGACAUGUGUAAUGUUUCCAAGAAUGACAGCCAGGAAAGCGGAUUCAGAAUGGGUAAGUUGCAAGGAGAAGAUUCAGAACAGGGUAUCCCCAAUGGAGACCUUGUUUAUGACACCUUUGAAGAGAUGUACGAUAUUUCUCAUGUUGACUUGACCCACGCGCAGAGCAUUUUGUUUAAAUCCUACCAACUGAGUGAAAAUUGGGUUAAAAUAAUACACAAAAUUUUUUACCGCAUGGUGGUAUGCUGCAUAUUGUUGACGUCCUGUUUUUCUCACAUUACGGUUGAAAAAUUGGGAAUAAAAAGUGGAGCUCUAAGGAGGGUUCUUAAGAAGAAUAUAAAGAACGGUGGAUCGAGUGAUGAGGGUGACGUUCUUGAGGAAGACUACCCCAAAGAUGACAGGUCGAUGAGUAGUACAUGUCGGCCUUACGUCCACAUUAACGUUCAGAGUUUAUCAAAGGAAGAUAGAAGAAAAGUAUUCAACUGCAUUAGUUACAUAAAGAAUGAAGAGAAGAAUUUACUCUACAUGUGUGCAAAGAGCAUUAUUUCCCUAAGUGGAAAUGACUUCCACAUUUUUAUGAAUUAUUCUAUCAAGCCUUUAUUCAAACUAUUGUUUCAGUACCCGCAGAUAUUUUACAUUUUCCAAGUGCUCGGUGCAGUGAGCAGUACGAGCCUUUUGUUUUGUAAAGUUUGUUUUGGUUAUAUAAUUAAAAAAAUGAAAACUUUUCCAAGGCUGAAAAAUGACUUCAAGCCGCUUCAUUAUUUCAACAAAAAUGUUAGAAGUAAAUUUGCUACAGAUUUGUACAAGUGCAAACUGUUCUACAAAGUACAGUCACCCUCUGAUUGUUUGCUCGACCAAAGUUACUGUGAUACCUUCCAGAUUGGCAAGGAUUGCAGACAUAAUUAUUUAUUGAAUAAGGGAAAAAAGGUGCCACUUGGUGGCAGUGCCAAAAGUAGCGGGCUCGUAUCGAAUGUGUCAUUCCCCACAUUGAGUAGAAAAAAUGGAAGCGGUGCAUUUGAGAAAGGGAAAAGAAGUGAAACAGGUAGUUCAUUAUUACGCACACUUGGAAUCCAGAUUGACUAUUUCGAUUUUUCCAUUUUAGAAGAAUACGAAAAUGGGAGUUAUAUUGAGGGCGAUUCUGAAAUGAAGGACAUAAAAUCGGUUCUGCCGAAUGAUGUGAAUUUUUUUAGAGAAUUAACAUAUCACAAUGAUGUGCAAAUGUUGUCAGUAUUGAAUAACGGUACUGCCGGCGCAACAGGGAUGGAGAAAAAUUCUGACAAGAAAUGGAAGAAAAAGAAGCACUACUUCCUUCAUGAGAUGGAAGAACGGGACAUAAUAAAUCCCGCGAACUUUGUUUCACCGCACCUUCUUAAGUUCGCAAAGGUGAAGAGAAGGAGGAAGUACUCAGCAGAAAGUUAUGCCAUUUCUGCUGACGAUGUAAACGGCGUAAUUCUGAAUAGACCAAUUUUUAAGAAUUCCAUCUCGCAUGAAUAUCAGCAGGGGAUCUAUUCUCCUAUCAGAAGUAAAUCCCUACCGGGUAAUUAUAUAGUCAAAAGGGAUGUGGUAAACGAUUGGCAAUUUUCUCAUGGGAUUUUUUCAAAGAAGGGGGAAAUUAAAACGGUAAAGAGGAGAAGGAAUAGAAUGUGCGAUGCCUUUAUAAGGACGAACGACUACGUAAUGGGCUACAAUUCAUUCUCCAUGAAUAACACUUUUAACAGUUAUAUGUCUUAUAAGGACCUAAUAAUUAAGGUAAUCCACUUUCUUUUGAAGGUGAUAAAAUACUACUCUCAUUAUUAUGAUCAGUUUUUAAGUGAACUAAAAACAAUUUCGCAGAUUUGUUUGGAUUUAAUUUUAAAAGAUAGUAAGUGUAUUCAAGUGGUCCAUCUGUUGAAAUUCCUUCUGGAGACCAUCUGUUUUGUGAAUUGCGCCAACGAAUUGAACAUGAACAGAGAGAAUAUAACGGGACUGAAUUAUGCACUGAAUAAGAUUCCUUUUAGGGACAAUUUGAGAUUCAUGAAGUGCAUGAAGUAUAUCAGUGCGAGUACUGAGGGGAAUGCAGAUCGUAGCAGAAGUGGAGGUGGAAGCACAAUGGAUAUCGUACUUAGGAAUGGCUGUAUAAUGGAGGACAUUUUGAAGAAGGAAAGCUCGAUGCAGUACGUCUCGAAUGAAGGAAACUCUCUUCUCAAUAGGAAGGAGAAUAAUACUGAGUUUAUGAAAUCCCUACAAAAGGAGGACAUGGAAAUUAGUGAAGCUUUCGGAAAGAAGGAAGCCUCUCGCAGUUACGGAAGAGGAAGUCGCGACGCAUACCACGAUGCCCCAGGGCAUGGGCCAGAAGGAAGGACAAAGGGGGUUGAAGCAAAUAAGGUGAAGGAGAUAAUUGUGAGCGUCCUGAAUUGGUUAGAAAAUGUGUACCUGGAUUUUCCAAAGUUGUAUAAAAUGGUGUUGUGCGAAAUGUGCUUGGAACUUCCAAUCAAUUAUUUCACAAAGGAGAAGUUUCACCUUUACAUGAAGUCGUUGCUAAUCUGUUUGGGCUCCAAAAAUAUGAACAGAAUAAAGGUUGCGCUGAAAUCAAUGGAAGAAAAUAUAUUCAUGGCGAAUAACAACCAUAUCAAAGGAAGCAUUUCCUCAUCCUUUUAUUUUAAGAAUAAAGAUGGAACCACGUCGUGUAUAUUCACUCAUUUAAUGAAAUUCUUGAGAAAAAAAAUUUGCUUCGAGUUCAACUUUAACAAAAUUUACGAACAGAAGUAUUAUCUGAAUGAUCUGUUUAGGAACCCUGCAGAUAUUGCACUUCUCCAAAUGGGCGUGAUUUACACAGAGAAAGUUCUUUCGGAGAAGGAAGUAAAUAAAUAUAUGAACAAAGUAUACAUGGAAAAUUUAUUUAUGAUUUUGAAAUUGUAUUGCAAAUUUUGUGAAGAUAAUGAAGUAAGGAAUAAUUAUUACGUCCGUCUAAAUAGCAAGAGGAGUGUUAUUUCUCAUUUCAGAAUAGGUUUUUUUUUGAAGAGGCAAAUAAAGGAGUACAAGAGAAAGAGGUGCAUUCAAGAAGUGCAGGAUGAAACAAUAGAGGGGAAACCCUUAAUGAUUAAAAAUGAGCGGACAUUAAAUUAUGAAUCCAUUUCAACUGUAAAGAAUCAUCUUGUAGAGGUGAAUGAGUAUCCCCAAGUUAAGGGCAAUAAAUCCUCAUCCUUUGACAACAGCAAUCCUAGUGGUAGUUGCAAAAUCUCGGAUAGAAGCAAAAAGAGAAGAAAAAGCAUUCCUGUGAAGAAUGAGGGGGAAUGCGAAGGAGGAAACACCCAAAUUAACACAUCAAAGGAGUAUCAGUAUAUUGUAGAGAACAAUAAUGUAGAGGCGAAUGUGGAAAGAAGGAGAAGUAGAAGAACCGCAAGUAGGAAAAAAAUAAGGAGCAUAGAGAGUGAAGUAGAGGAAAAGAAAAAAUGCAAUGACAAGCAAAAUGGGACACUCUCAAUUUGUAAUGAUAACAUUAUUAAAGAGGUCAAAUGUAAUAAUGAGGAACAGAACAAAAAAAACAGCUGUGUGCAAGAUGAUAGAAUAAUAAAUGUGUCGGUUAAACUGGUGAACGAAAAGAAGGAUGAAGCAGAUGGAGACAACAGCAACUUGGUGAAAUUGCUCAUGAGUGGUAGUACGUUAGAUGAUUCGUUUGACAGUAUUAUACAACAUAUGGAUUUGGAAGAGACGCUGAAUUAUUGCUACAAGGUUUUGAAGAAUAACGUAAAGAGCAACAAUGCCAAGUGCUUAUACUAUUAUAAACAACCUAUGAUGAAUGCGUGCAUGAGAAGAAAACUUUGCGUUAGAAAAAAAAAGAGAAUAUGUGUUAGGAAAAAGAAGAAAAGAGAAAAAUUCAGCUUCUUCAAUUUUUACCAGUUAGAAAAUCUGAGGAAGAGAAAAAUGAACGAGCAGGAUGAAGUCGCUACGGAUAAAAGGUCGAACAAGAAACUGAAGGUUUACAGUUCGUCAAGCGAGGGGAACGACAAAUUGGUGCAUUCGAAAUGCAUGAAUCGAAAGGAUCGUUUAAGCGUCAUUGAAGAAGUGAAGCAACCCAUUCUUAAAAUUAUGAAGGAUAUGGGGGUAGCAGAGGAGGGUGCUGUAAGGACCAGUUUGACACGUAAAAUGGAGGGCACUUUCCAUGGUGGUGUAAAUUGCACCAACAAAAUAAGCAACCAUUUUGCUGAUAAGAAGAAGUUAUUCUUCAUCGGAAACAGAAAUUUCAAGUCAUAUGAACGAUUUAUUGAAAAUGGGAGAACGAAAUAUUUUGACCGAAGCGACUUGUGCUAUUACUGUAUUUUGAAGGAUCAGCGAAUUAGCUGCUACCGAAUAAUCCUUACCAUUUUUAUUUUUAUUUUUAAUCACUCUAAAUGUAUUUCGGAUUUUUAUCAACAUAUGAUUAAAAUCGCAUCUCAAAAUGUAGAGUUUAAGAAGGGCAUGAAGAAUGGUCCAGUUGGAGUUAAGACCCCAAAUGGGUUAUCUACAAAUACAGCGGAUAAGGUUAAUAAAAAUGGUGUUACAGUUGAUAAAAAGCGGAAGGGAACUUCUAAACGUUUUAGUAGCUCUAUUGGGGAGGAGCAAUCUCCAAAUAAGAAUGUGAAGAUGGUAGAUAAUGCCCCAAAUGAGCAUAAGGAGGUAUUGGGCCGAAAAGCGAAUAAUGCGAAUGGCACAAAAAGGAAGAAUAAGAUCUGUUUCGAAACGUGCAAAUGUAGGAAGUAUUUGCACAAAUAUUCCUUUAUCUACGACGAUAACAACAUUUUUAUAAAAAAAUUGAUGUACUGUUUUUUAAUUUUGUUAGUUGAAAUAAAUGAAAAAGGAAAAAAUGAUAACAUUGGAAUGGACGCAGAGGGGGGAAAUGGCAAAAAGCCCCAAAAGGCUGAAAGGAACUGCGGAAUGAUAUGCUCUGAUGAAAUGUGGAAAUCCAAAUUGAAAGAAAUAGUUAAAAACGUUAUUAGGAGAAUUGGGUUGAUCCUUUCUAGCAGAUUUGUUCUGACAAGAAAGGAGAAAUUAAUCUAUGUAGGGAGUCACAACAAUGAGAUUGAUGUUUCUUCGUUCAUAUUUACCUUGUGCAAUUUGGUCGAUUACCACCCACGUUUUUUACAAAUGAGCAUUGAGGGAUUAAACUUUAUAGAAAAAAUAUUAAGAACCAUAUUAAAUGUGCAACCAGUGAAGAUAAAGGCAGGCAUGAAGAGCACCUUCUUUUUUAAUUUGUGCGCCUGCAUCUGUAACCUAUGUAAUGCCAUCAAAGUGAAGAAAAAAAUAUUCGGAUUAUUACUUCUGUUGAGAGUAAUCCGAAUUCUUCCGCCUGAUUGGAUCAGAUUUAACGUAUACAAUGUUGUAAGGACAUUGUUAGCAUGCCGUGAAAGGAACAAAUUAAAAUAUAUGCGCAUUGUUCAGUUGUUAGUAGAGGAAUGCUUUGAGCUAGUUAUUUCGUCAUUAUUUACAGGUUAUGUGGGGGAAAUUAAUACGUUCAUUUUGAAUAACUUCCGGGGCGUAGAUAAUACCUUUGUGAAUGAUAUAAGAAAUUUGCGUUCCUUAAAUGACAAUGUUGAUGAGGAAGCUCUCAAGAAUUUUGAAUUCAUUAAUAAAAGUGCUAUUGGUAAAAUAAGAAGCAGUGUGGAAAAGAUCAGAUCCUUUUGGAAUCUCAAUAAUAAAGAAGUGAAAGGUAUUGACGACUCGUAUGAAAAGUAUGCUAAAGAUGUUAGGAGCAAACGACUUUUCAAAGGUAAACUCUUUUGGUACAAGAACGAUGAAGUUUACACGUGGGAUAUCCUAUCGUCAAGGGGAAAAAAUAGGAGAAGUGAAAAAGAGGUGAAAAGGAUGAAUAAGAUUUUGGUGAAUAUACUAAAAAUACUUAUAUACAAUUUAAGAAAAAAAGAACAGGACAGACAUUUUAUAAAAAAGGCUUUCAUUAUUAUUUCAAAGGUAUUGAGAACAGAUACACGAGAAUUGCUAACAUAUAAGUAUUCACCGAGGGGGAAAUUAUGCUUACAGGAUAUUUACAUGAAGCACUUUUGUAUAUCGAAUUUUGUCAAGUCAUCUUUGCAAAGGAAAAUUACAUGCCUCGAUUUUUAUUGCUUUUUUUUAAGUCAGAAACCGUACAUUAAAUUUGACAUGCAUGUGAUGAUAAAUUUGAUAGAAACUGUUGUAAAAAUUAUUCAGUAUCUAGAAAAGAGGGACGAAGAGAAUAGGAUAUUUAAUUACAUUCUGAAUGGCAAUGUUUAUCGUUCGUGUUCAAAAGAUGGCAGAAAUGGAGAUCUUUAUGAGCGAACAAAUCUGGGUUUCCAUUAUGAAAAGAAGCUAAAUGAUGGCGUGGACCAUACGCAUCACGAGUGGAAGAAUCAGAACAAGAUUCAUUUGGGGGAGAACGACGGGGAACUAUACAACUGGAGCACAAAGAACGGUUAUGUUAACCAUUCAAAUGUAUGUUACAAUUGGCAGAUUUCCUCUAAUCACAAUGGGGCGGAAGAUGAAAAUGUUGUCGAUAAUAGAAAUUUGAAGAAUGAGUUAACUCGUUUGCAAAGUACUGUGCCGAAUGGUUAUGGUAGCGAGUUAAAUAGCCAGAAAAAUAAGGACCUACAAAAUUUGUAUGAAAAAAUUAAGAAAAAAAAUAGAGAUUAUUCCAUUUUGUAUAAUAAGGAUUACGGUAGCAAAUCGGAUAACAGGAAUGAAGAGGAAAAUAAAGAUCUAACCAUUGAUGACAUAGCUAAUGAGUGGGGAAAUAAGACUGACAACAUUUCUAGGCGUUUUAAACAUUACUCGGAUGAUAAAAAUAAUGAGAACCUCAGUGGAAUGGAUAAGCAGUUAGAUUGUGAAGGUGCAACGAGGAGGAAAAGCUCGAAUUCGUAUCAUUCUAUUUAUUUUAACAACAAGAUGGCGAUGCAUGAUAGUGACAAGGGUGUUCUCGCAAAACAUGAUAGCUUACAUGGCAAUGACGAACUGAACAUACAAAAUAAUGAUGUGUUCGAUGAGCACUCAGGAGGUUAUAAUUGCCACAUAGGUGCGAAGGAUAAUGUUGAGAUUAAUGCCGAUGUAGGGGAAAGCCCUUAUAUAAAUCAGAACUGCAAAGGAAGGAAUGGAAGCGCCCUUGUGAGAGGCACGAUAAAAUAUGGAUUUUCACAUGGCAGUACUGGGUGUCCUACUGCCAGUUUGUGUGACGGCAAAAUCGAGGUAGAUGCAGGGGUACUGGACAAGAAUGCGAAGGAUAUUUGUAGCACCGCGAAUAAUGGAGAUAGGAAUAAUCUGUUGGAAGAGGAGGAACAGAAGCGUAAGAAUUGUGUGAUGCGCAACAGUAUAUCAAGUUACAUUUCCACAAAUUUUGCGAGGUUUAAAGUGGAGAAUUCACCAAAUGCCAGUGCCAGUUUUAAGGGUAUGAAAAAUAAUUUGGUUCAAAAAAACAAAUGUUUGUUAAGAAGUCAGAUAAGAAGUUUAAAGGUAUCCAACAGAAAUAGUGCAACCAGUGGUGGAAGCACGUGCAAUGGCAAUGCAAAUGCUAAUAAUGCGAACUGUUAUCAGAAUUUUUAUUUCAAUGGCAAAGAAAGAGAGGACGAAGGGAAGGACGAGAGCGCGUCUGUACCUGAGAAUUUUAUAAUGGAGCCUAAGGUUAAUGCGGAUUCGAUUCCCGUUGAAUAUAAUAAGGAAAAUCUGGUGACCGAAUUUAUUAAGGAGUACUUUUCGCAGGACCGCAACCCAAAGGAACAAUUCGCACGUGGGAUCGUAAGAAAUGGGAAAAUUGUAAAUGAGUCCUAUCCGAAGGAGCAUCUAGCGAAGCAGCAACUUCUAAAGGAAGAGUACAAAACGGUGAUAGAUUUUUUUUCACAUUUCAUUACCUUGGUGAGGAUUUUCUUCAGUCAUGAGUUAUACAAAUAUUUAUUGCCAACGAUGAAUGCCCAAAUGAAUAAAAGAAGUGUGUACUUGUACAAUCGGUGCAUUCACAUUUUAGUGAAUUUCUUGUUUAGCAAAGAGAAGGAGUUAUGUAUGAAGGCAGAAAGUACUUUACGUUUUUUAAUUGUGAUUAAUGAACACGAUAGGGACUCAGGGCUGAAUGAAAACUUAGUGAAUAAUUAUUCGAAAAAUUGUGGGAAUGGUGUGGAUAAAACUUCAGGCAAAAAUGGCGGGCCCUAUAAUUGUAGCAAAACAAUGAAUACGAACAAAAAUAUUACAAACGUAUGGAAAUUAAAUAAAAUCGACUUGAAAAUAUAUUUGAAGUCGAUACUGUGUAAUUUGUCAUAUGCUUUACGAAAUAACGGUUUCGUUUUGAAGAAAAAUUUUAUUAUUGGUCUUAGCAAAAUAUAUUCUUUUUUCCCUCAAUUAUUUUCUCCCCAUCUGACAGACGGAUUUAUUCAGUAUGUAAAAUUUUGGAAUGACAAAUGUGGGGAGGAUAAAUUUGUACUCAAGGAUGUUGAAAAGGUGUUGGAAGUUUUUUCCAGUUUUUUUACCAAAUCUAGAUUAACGUACGACCAGUUUAAGGAAAUUACUGAUUUAUUGUUCUGUAUAUUUACUCGCUCGGAGAAGAGCAGUUCUAUUUCUCUUCUCAAUCUGGGUGAGUUAAACAGAUGGGCAGAUCGUGGAAUACGGAGUAGCGUUGCGUCCGCGUCCAGUGGGAGAAAUCAUGUUGUAGAUAAUACUGAGGGAGUGGCGAGCACUCGGCACACAACCGAGGAAGUGAAUCCCGCUUGUCAAUCCGUAGAUAUCAGCGUGAAUAAAAAUGCACUAGUCAGAGAAAAUGGAAUUGAAGAAGAACUACUUGAAUAUUUCAUAACUAAUUACAGUAACAAUGAGAACAGAGAAAUGAGCACUUCCCUCAUGCGUGCAUUAAGUCUGCUUUGCUCCAACAAUCACGAAUACGCGUUGAAAUACUUUAUCGAGCAGAGACAUAACCAGAAGAUUUUUUCCCGUUUUGUUUGCACGCUAAGAGUUAAGGACCAAGUGGGGUUUAGAAAAUACAUUUGUAAAAAAAUUUCCAUCCUUUUAAAUAUUUUGUUAAGAUUUAUUUGCGACUUUAAAUCGAAUGAAUACCUGAUGCAUGUGUUUAGCGUAUACCUUUUUAGUGUCAACGAUGGGGAUUUACGGCAAGUACUUUCCUACGAUUGUUCUAGGAUGAAGGAAUAUGCGAAUAGAAGUGUUAGCACGAAUUUGAAGGAAGAUACUUCUCUCUAUUUAGAGGGUGGCGAACGCAAUGAGGAAAGAACAAGUGGAGAUGAUCAUAGUGGGAAGGACAGCGAAGCAUGUGAGCUAAAGUUUAUUCCAAUUAUGAAUGUCAGUAAUUUUGUUGUCAAUCUUUUCAGCGUUAUAAAUGUUGUGCAUGCGGUGCUGUUGUAUGAGCCUUCCUGGAUUUUUCUAAAUUUUUACGAGGACAGAGUUAAGAAAAAUAGAAUGAGCCUAAUCGAGGUGUUGUACUUAUGUUUAAUCCAUUUGAUUAGUCAGUAUUUAUCUUUUCAGGACACUAAUUUUUUAUCUUUUUUACGGAGCAGAGAAUGCAAGAAGUGCGUUAAGAUAUUCAUCCUGUUUUUUCAUUUUUCUCGUGAUUUGCUGAGGUGCCUAGUGUUGGACGGUUUCCCGAUGCAAAAUUCUGCGGAAAAUAGUCGAGUGCAUAAGUCGUUAAUGCGGAGCAAGAACGGAGGGAAGAACGACAUCAUAUGCGACAGUAUGAAGUAUAAUGGUUACCUGUUUUUUCUGAGAACCAAUUUGCUCAUCAUACUGGCAUUCAUAGUAUGUACAAAUAGGGAUGAAGAUUACAACUAUUUGCACAAGUUUUUUAAGAGAUGUACAAAGAAAGGAUUGCGAUUUAGGGAAAAGCGAUUUUUGUUUUUUACACUUGUUCGUAUUUUGCAUAAUUUUAACGCGCCAAUAUUGAGUCAUUUUUUUGAGACCAUCUUACGGUUUUUCAUCAUACCCAUACUGAAGGAAUAUAUCAAGAAAGCCGAAAAGGUGAAGCAUUUGACAUUUCCAGAAGAAAAAUGUACGUCAAACGGUAAUACCAAUGAAAAAGAAAUAAUUUGUGAAUUACAGCACGAUAGAAUGAUCAUGAGUGUACAUGCGAAAUUGUUCACACAAGAAGACAUGAAUCAGAUUAACCAAAGGGAAAAAAGCAAUUCAUUGAGAAAUGAUCAGAGUGGUGGAAGUAAUUUGUUAAACAUUAAUUCGUACUAUAAUGGAAAUGGGGCGGUUUCCACCAUUUGCAAUAAUGUCAAGGUAGGCAACACUUAUGAUUACGCAGGGGAUUUGAACUAUCGGAGAGAUCAAAAUGGUAUAAGUGGAGCGAAUAAUAAUGCGUAUGUUAAUUUGGCGAGGAAUAAUAUUUGCCCAUGGGCGUUUAUUAGAACUUCACAGAAUUGUACGUUCGUACAUAAUUUAAAUGACAACGGUAGUUCAGGUAGCGCAAAUAAUGGUUUUUGUUUGUUGUAUACGUCGAUUCAUGGACAGAGGAAGAACGUGCACCUCUAUCCUUUUUACAACCACAAUCUGUUUUUUAGUAUAAAUGAAAUUUUCUAUGUGUUGAAGGCGAUACUAAGAGGGAGAACUGAUUUGAAAGAAGUUUUAAUACAAAAGUUGAGCAUUAGCAGAAUGGUUGUAGAUCUGAUCAGAAGAAUAAAAUGUAAGAAAAGUAAAAUGAUAAUGCUAAGUUAUGUGAGGAGAUUUAACAAUGAAUAUGUGAAUUCCCCUUGUGAUGAUGUAAAGCAGUUAAGCAUUCGCAACAUUAUUAACACGUGUAAGUAUAGCCGUAAUUUCAAUUGGGACGAAUUGACGACAAUUUAUUUGCAUUUGCUUUAUUGUUAUAAGAAUGAAGAAAAUAAUUUAAUAAAAUUAAAUUUAAAGGAGCUAACAAAGGCAAUAUUGCAGAAAAGAGAACAACAUAAGAAAUAUUCCUACAAAGGCAAUAUUUUACUUCGCCAAAUGGAGAGAAGCCAUAUGCAUUGCUAUUACUGCAAGGUUUAUAGUGAUAAAUUGGUUGUAAAGGAUAAUAGAAAACGAAGAUGCUUUUGUUACCCCGAGGGGAAUAGUUCUUUUAGAAAAAUAGACAGGAGAACACAGAAUAGUAAGCAUUUGUUAUGGAAAAAGGGGCAUAUAAAAAAUUGCGACUUAUUGAACCAUAGAAGGGUCGUGAUUCUGAGCUAUUUUAAGAAGGAUGAAACUGUGUUUAAUAAAAUGCACAUUUUAGAAUUUGCAUUAACUCACAAGUACUAUUUUUUUAAUGUAUACCCCUAUGUAAUGGGUUCAAUUUUAAAAAAUUUCGAGAAAAUGACCAAUCGUCUGUAUAUUGAUCGGAAGAAGAAAUCCCUUCUGAUCCGCGCGUUAAGUGUUGCACUGAAAUUUAUAAAGUUCAAUAUUUUCUGCAACUCCGUUCAUGAGUUGUUUAGAUUGGUAAAUGAUGAAGUCGUUCUGAGAAAAAUACAUCCACUAGAAGGGCUCCCCUCGGAGGAUGGUAACAAGCUGGAGGAGGGAAACGAACCGGAAGCACCUAAUGGAAGGAAUGUACAAAAUGGAAAAAGUGAUGCUCGUGCAUUACGCGAAUUGCGAUCUGGAAAAAUGGUUUUCAUCGCAGAACAUGCGAAGCAUGAUGUGAUCGAGCAGAAUGUGAACAUUGGGGAGAAGUUGAGAAACCGAAAGGGAUCAUCUAUAAUUGAGCGUGAAAAUGCAUGCAUUUCUGCACAACUGGAGGAGGAGAACAAACAAAUUGCUAAUAAGAACGGUGAUGUACCUCUGCAAGGGGGUUCUAUCCAAAAGAACAAAUCUAUCUUAAAAAUGUCCAAGCUGACGAAAAUUAUGUUAAACUAUUAUGUAAAAAUUGGAAAGGAUGACGAGAAAAGGCACCUCUUCCUGAUCGGCCUUGUAAACGUACUUAAGAAGUACAAUCGGAUAUACGUUCAGUACAGCAUAUUAAACGUAUUGACAAAUUUAAUUAUUUCGAGCCUGAUGCAACAUGGGAACGAACUGCACCAAGCGAAGAUGACGAAUAGAAUUUUGAGGAUUCUUGAGAGGAUACUGAGAAUUAAAAAUAAUGUAAAGGUAAAAUAUGUAGAUGUGUACAAAACGCUUAUGUGCUUCUAUUCUAUCCAUUGCACUACUAAGGAAUACAUCAAGAGGAGAAAAGGAAAAUGUGGAAAUAAUCCCCAAGUGGGAGAUGAAAGCAUGUUACAAAAUUUACUUCACAAUAUUAUUACUUUGGAAAUUCAGAACAAGAGAAGCGGAAAUGGCGAAUUAGCAGUGCAUAGCAUCAGUGGAAUAUCCAAUAAUUCCAACGACGGAGUAAUUACAAAUGAAGAUGGUGGUGGAAGGGAAAAUGAGAUAAGUGCUUUUUCGUUCAGGAACGAACGGACAUACAGUUUUACGAAGAAUUCUGAAGGGAAAGAAUCCUUUGAUGGAUUUGUAAAAAAUGAAAAAUUGUCGAAUGGCAGUUUUGUGGAUGAUACAUUGAGCAGAAAUGAAAAGAGUUCUAUUGCGCAAGAUUGGCAAACAAAUUAUUUAAGGAGAGACGGGGCAAACAUUGCCCCCAAUAUUUUGAAGGGGAUAGAUAAGGAAGGAAAGGAUAUUUGUGACAAGUCGGAAAUGAUUAGCGCUUUGAAGAGUGCUCUACUGAAUCAGAUAGGAAUGGACGAUGAGAAAAAGGUGAAUAUGAUGAAUGGGCACUUUCCCACUGUGGAAAAGCAUGUAGAACAAAUUAGCAACGCGUACGAAAUGAUAAAUAAGGGAUAUGGUAUGAACAUGGUGAAAACGAUUUAUAGGGUUUUAAAGGUACUGAUGAAGUAUUCGAAUAGGAAAGGCGUUUGCAAAAGUUUGCACAUUUUAAGUUGCAUUUUCUUUCUAUUACUCAAUUUUGGUAAUCGGAAAAUGGGAAGGGCCACAUUAUUAUUAAUAAACCAUAUCGUAAUAAAGCACAGUUUGUUCUUAGACAAUUUCGGCAACAUAAUCGGUAGAAUUAGCCCCCAAGGAAGGGAAAAUGGUGAUUCGGGUGUAGCUAGCCAAAUAGGUGUAAAUGAGGAAAAAUACAACACGAAAAAGGAGCCAUAUUUCAUGUUUAAUAACCAAUUUGAAAGGGAAGAAAAUGUCAAUAGAAAAAUUGAAUUUUUGCAUGAAAUGUUAAUUAGCCUAUGCCUUAGGGGCAUGGACGGCUAUAGGAAGAACAACAGGGAGUAUUAUAUGGAUAAUACACUUUACGUGGAGGCAAAAUUAGAAACGAGUCUGAACAUAUUUACGUUAUUUUGUCAGAUUUAUGAUAGAAAUGGAGGGAAUCAAUACGCACAAUUGAUUAGAUAUCUUAUUUUGGAAUACCUAAAAAGGCUGAGGUGCAUCGCUUGUUAUUGCUUGAAGAAGAGGGAAAGGAUGGGUACCCUGAAGCAGUUGCUCUUUUUAAUAAAUACGAAUCUGCAUUUAGUAGAUAAGAAUGAGGCUAUACAUUGCUUGGAAACCAUGCAGGCCUUACUUCUGUUGGAGUGCAAAAAUGGCUCCAAUUUUCAUUUGUUCAUUUUGAAUAUGAAUGAGUAUCAUUUAGAGGAUGUACAGAAACGUUUGGAAGGACCGAUGGAAGAUUUUUCCACAGAUGUGAUGUCCGAGCGUUCUACUUGCGCAUCAUCCAUGGAAGAAGAAGGGAAGGAGCACAAGAUUAGGAGGAAGGCUCAAGUGAAAAAAAUAAUAAACGAACUGAGUGGGAAAGAGAUGAGCAAUUUUCAGAUCGGCCACUAUAUCAAGUAUAUAAAUAGCGUGGAGGACGAGGGAGGCACAUGUAAUUAUAUGCACAAUUAUAGAAUAUCGAGGAGGUACUUCCUUUCCAAGGACAGGAUAAUAUAUGAAAGGAGAAGAAAAAAUUACUUGAGAAGAAAAAUAUGUCGUGACAAAAUGAACCACAGAGAGAUGACAAACGAUUUGUAUGCAAGUUUGUUCUGUAAGGGGGGCGGUAACAACUGCGAGGGGGUAACCAAUUUGAAGAGUAAUGUACAGGUAAGAGAUGUUCAGGCAAUGUGUAAAAAUGGUGCAAAAAAUGUUCAAACAAAUGGUAAGGAAAAUUAUGAAAAAACGACGGUUGGAAAGGAAGUUGUCAGCCCACAUGUUAUGGGAAUUAGAAAAUUGAGGAAGGAAAAAAGAAUAAAACAAUUUUACAAAAGAUUGAAAUGCUAUGAUGAAAUCUUUGAGGCAUAUACCAUUGAGGAAAAUAUAUGCAAUGAUUUAUUUAUGUGCAAAAAGAGGAAAAAGCUAAAGAAGUUCUGGUCAUGUAGAAAAAAUGAAAAGGUAAGUAUAUGCCUAUCGUCGGAGGAAAAGGCACACUUAAUAAGGAACUUAAUAAUCUUUGAUUAUUCGGACGACUACCAUUGUUAUGUAAAAUAUUACGACAUAUUAUUGUAUUUUAUUAAAAAUGAAAAGGAGAAGUAUUCAGAGAGGUACCACAUUAUCGAUUUGAAGAAUAUGUUUUUAAGGCACCUACUACCAAAUAUUUUAAGGGGUACGUUUUCAUUUAUUCCGAAGAUUAGGUACACUUGUAUGAACCUUUUUCAGAAAUAUUUUCUGUCCAACGAUCUGUUUGAGUCGAUUUGUUUUUUAUUUAAGAACGACUAUUUUAAGCAUAUCAUUGAUAAGUAUUUUGUGUGCCUAUUUUUAAAUGUUUUGUUUUCGUUCUUUAAGCACAAUGUGGAUACGUACGUGUACCUAAGGAAAAGAACGCAGGGAUUAGUGCCCUUUUUGUGCAGGCGCAGGGGCGCCAGGUGCCACGCCCUUACUGAUGGACCGAUUGCCAAAGGAGCGGUUAAUGGGGGAAAGUUUAGUGAACACGCGAGGGGGAAGACUUGUUCUGAUAAUAUGAAGAAAAAACAAAAAAAAUGCACGGCAAGGGAGGCUUGUAAAGUCGUCGACUUGGAAAAUUACAACAACGAUUUCGUCACGUGGAAUAGGUACUUAACUAAGUAUUGCUCCGAACAACAAGGCUUCGUGAACAAGUGCCAAGAGAAGUUUAUCAAAGCCAAAUAUUUGUUUAAACCAAUGUUGAGUUUGGUAAAUAUUUUUAAGGAAUACUGUAGAUUGGUGUGGAUAGAUCUGUUUUCGCAAUUGUUCAAUUUUUUCAACAAGGAGCAAAUUAAUAAAUUAAAUUUCUGCAUCGUUCAUUUUUUGUAUAAUUAUAUAAGCUUCACUGAAUCAUCUUCUAAUAAUUAUAACAUGUGCAUGUCGAGAGCGGGUAAUGAGAAAGGCGCUUCUACUUUAAACAUGAGUUGGAGGAAAAAUAAAAAUUUUCAAAAUAAUGUGUAUGGAAAUGACUAUAACGUCAACAUCUUGGAAACUAUACUGACGUGUAUAUUUAAGACCCGUUUUAUGCUCUACAUUCCGACCGAGAUAAUUUUAUACUGCGCCAAGAACUUUUGUACAUAUGAAAUUUCCAAGUGCAUGCUACAAAUGUUGUUGUUUCAAAAUUUGAGGAAAAUGAAAAAGUUGGAUAAGCAGAAGGGUGAAGUAGAAGGUUUUUCGCCAAUUGAGGACAUGAAUCGAAAAAAGGAAACGGGUUCUAAUCAUAUAGCUAUAGAUAAACCAAGUAGAAGUAAAAAUAAGAAGAAAAGUGAAAGUACAAAUAUGAAUAAGGGUGGAGUUGGGAAUAAUUCAUCGGAGAACAGAUCGAUCAUUGACGGUAGGAGUGAAGACUCCAUUGGGGAAAUGAAAAGAAGCUACAACAGCUACAAGCAAAUCAUCAAUUUUUUAAUCGAAAUAAAUAGCGACUUGAAUGAACGUGAUAAUGUGUACGCCUUGAGGACAUAUUAUGUGAGGAACGUUGAGUUAUCGAAAUCUCUGUUUUUUAAUCAUUACAAUAUGUACUACAAAAAUGAAUAUUCCUAUUUGAAGUAUUUUAUGAGUUAUGAAAACCUGAACUUAACAAAAGAAGAAUUAGGUAUUAACAGAAUAAAUUGGAUCGAUAGUUUGAAACAUUUUGGUAAAGUAUCUUGUAUUGAGAGCUACAUGAAAUUAUUGCAGGUGAAGGAGGGAAUGAAAAGGAAUGAUGAAUUCAAGUCAUCCCAUUUGAGCACCUGCACAUUUUUAUCGGAGGAAAGAAAAGAUGAUUCCGUUGCACUCAGUUUCAACUACGAAGCGUUGAAGAGUAACUACUUAACGAAUUUGAAUAAUGUGUACUGCAUAAUAAAGGAUAAUUUGAAAUGUAUUCAAGUGCAGGAUAACAUGGGAAGGAACAACACGGAAAUUAGCAGUGAAGUUAACGGUAGUGAUUUGUACCCAGUGUGCACGUUGGGGGAAACCCUCCACGGAGAGUCCAAAAAAAGCCAAGGUGGGGGAAAUACCCAAUGUAUUGAUAUCGGGGGAGGAGCGAUUGUAACUGCUAAGAACGAUAUCGACUUUUCGAAAAAAAACGGAACGAAUGCGAGAAGAUCGGGAAGAAGCAGAACGAACAAAUUAAUUAACUUGAAGUUUAACAAAUCCAAGGACGGCAAAAUACAAACAACCAUUCAUGAUUACUUUAAGAGCAAUAAGAAAACGCUACCAGAGGAUCAGGAAGGGAAAACGCACACUGAAGAGUAUAACAAGGAGGGCGAUAAUGCCGAUAAGCGAAUGAGUGAAAAAUGUCUUAAUGGCGAGGAGAACAUUAACGAUAGUAACAGUGGACAUAGUAGUAGGCGCGAUAUCAUAAGUGAUGGAAAAGUGAAUACAAUUUGCAGUGGGGUUAACAAGUGUAGCGGGAGCAUCGAUUGUAAGGAUUUCCACAGGAGUAGUGGGAAUGUGCGAAAUGAUAAUUACAGCGCUCAUUACAGCGGUAAUUUUGGGAGCGGAAAAAACGGUAACAUUGCCUAUUUGUUGAAUGGUUUAAGCGGUUACGGGGAGAGGGAUGGUAUGAAGAACAUCGUGUAUUCCUACUUGGAAAAAAUAAUUUACAAGUUACAAGAAAAUAGCGAAACAAUAGUUGAGAGCAUGCAAGGGAAUGAGAACAUCGAAAUUGACGAGGUGGUCGCUGGAAGUGACAUCCAAAAGAAUGUUGAAAAUGAAGUAGGAAAGAAUGCCAAAGGGAGAGAAGAAAAGAAUGUGGGAUCGAGCGCAGAUGGAGGAGCGAAUUCAUUCGGAAGGAUGGUGUGGGAACGAGGAAACGCAUUCAAUGAAGGUGAACAUUUCGUGAGUAAGGUGAAUGGCCAAAGUAGUGAAUUCCUUUUGAAAAAGUUCAAAUUCAAUUUGAAGAGUAAACAUAUAAAAACAGUUAAAGAGAACAUAGACGAUGGAAUGAAUCUGCUAAUUAACAAGGUAAGGCAAAUGUGCAAUUAUAAGAACAAUAAUUUGAGCCUUUUAUUUGCACACGCAGAAAUGUUUAAACAUGCGCAAACGAGCAUAGAAAUAAUAAGGGAAAAUUCGAUAAAAAAAAAACAAGAACAGAAAAAAGAAACUGAAUUGCAGUUGAUAUGCCUUUUGCAUAAUUUGUUUAUCAUGUGUAACAAGGACAGUUCUGUAUAUGUUUAUGAUGAUAUUCACAAUAUGAAAUAUUCCUACCAGUGGAAGUUACUUUUUUUAAAAAUCUGUAAAAUUUUUAUGGACAAAUGUGGUUUGUUAUCCUUAUCCAAGGGCGGGGGGUGCACCGACAAUUGGACAGACAAGUAUAAGAAUUAUCACUUAUUAAAUUUGACGAAGAAUAUGAGAGAGAUGAAUAAUAUGUCGUACAAUUAUUUUGACAAGAUUUAUGAAAAUUUUGUACAGAAUGGUGGUAACAGAAACAGCGCCAUUUGUAGUAUCAGUGGGAAUAGCAUUAGCAACCAUGGUAGUAAGAGCGGAGGCAGAGUGUUGGAUGCCAGAUGCAGAUACAUGUAUAAUAUGGAAAUUAUAAAAAUGAAUUUGAAGAAAUUAAUUAACAGUAACAUCUCAAAUAAUGGCUAUAAUAUAGCACAGAACAUGCUAGAAAAGUACAGUAGUAUCGCUUGUGAUGGAAGCGAAAUGUGCAGGAAGAAGAAUUCCUAUAAGAAGGAAAAGAAGGCAAACAUUUCCCAUGAAGAAAAUUAUCUGUACAUUCGAAAUAUGGAGUACGAACAUUUCAACAUAUGUAUUAACUUGCUAAAAUUGGAGAAAAAUACCUUUCUUCAAAAAGUUGUAAAGAAACUCAAGUGUUACAUUAACUCACUUAACCUUAUUAACACAUUUGAUUUUGACUCUCUACCUAUGGUGAACUACGAGAAAUUCCGCAGUGAAUUUUUCUACAUGAAGGGAAAGAUUUUGUGGAACUUGAAUAAAAUUAUUUUAUUUUUGUAUAGAAAUAAUUUUAUUGAGAAGAAUUCCAAAAUGAACUGUGACAGAUGUAGGUACAUGUGCCAAGAUAUCGCAAGGGAAGAUGAAGUGGGUAAUUCGCAGAUCAGUACUGACGUAGUGUUCCACCCAUUGGAAUCCCCUCAGAGGACGGAAGAAGAAAAAAGUUUGAAUAUUACGAACUUAGUUGUUAGUAACAAUGACAGUUGCAACCCGAUUGAGAAAGAGGAUAACAAAAGAAACAAGAGGAGAAGAAAAGGCACAAAUGUUGACAAGGAGAGGUCGAACCUUUUUCAGGAAGGAGUAUUCCACAGUAGCGUUCCUGAGGAAAAGAAGGAAGAAGGCGUGCAUGAUAAACCAUUGAAAAGGAAGAAAAGAAGUAAAGUUAUCGGUGCAACUAGCGAAACCGCAGAAGAUAGUGUGAAAAAAAGUGUACAAAAGAAUGAGCAAAGUCCUUUGCAUGGGAAAGAGAUGGAUAGCCAGAUCGAAGUAAGCGAUUACAAGGAAUCGAAUAAGGAGGAUAAAAAAUUAGGAAAGAAGGGAGAUAGAAAAAGGCAACAAAAGAAUGACAAUGGGGAGUACACCUGUAAAUGUGACCAUAACAAGUGCAACUUAUUCGAUGGAAAUUUAAUUGAGGAGUGCUUUCUCUCGUCCCUUAAGAUAUACCCACUGGAAAAUAAUUCUUGGACACUAUGGGCCGAUUACUGCAAUAAAGCUUUUAAGGAAACCCAAAAUAUAUCAUUCUGCUUAAGCUCAAUAAUUUCCUAUUUGAUAUACUCCAGUUUGAAUACACACGAAGGGUACUACUACCUAAGCAAAGUCCUCUAUUUGUUAAGCUCAAAUAUGAGGGAUAAUUCCAUUAUGCAAGUUUUUAACAAAUACAAUGAUAAUAUAUGUCCCAAUCUUUGGCUUUUCUAUCUGCCCUUCCUUAUAAAUAAUAUAAAUGUUAAUGGAGACAAUUAUUUGUAUUUUCACAAAAUUUUGUAUCUGCUUAUGCGAAAGUAUCCGCAAGAUGUGUUUUACCAUUUUAGAGCACUGCAAAUUGAGAGAAAAGGUAAGCUGUACUACCUCCAUGAUCGUAGAGGCAAGAAGAAAAAUGGCAUAGGUGGAAAUUCCUCUUUAAUGAAAAAUAACGUAAAUAUAGUGAAAGACCCCUAUGAGGGAAAGAACUACAAGGAGAAAUUCCAAAUGGAAGAUAUAAUAUUUUCCCGCGAUGGUAACAACGUUGAUGAAUAUGGUUCAAAGGGUGUUGGUGGCCUAUCGGCCAGAAGCAACGUAAUUGGUGAGAAUGGAACGGGUAAUUCGUCCAUAUUUGAUGGAGUUGACAACCCAAGUGUGAACAGAAAUGCCAAGCAAGGUAAUGCGCAUAGUGUACAGAGAGCGAUCGGAAAAGUGAGGAUAUGCUCGAAUCGUAAAACCGAGAGGGAGGGCGAAAAGGAGGUUACUCCUACUGCUGCAAAUUCUCCCAUCGAGGUAAAUGAAGAAGGAUACGAGUAUGGAGACUUAUUUAAGGAUGGCUUUGACCAGUUGAUGAACGUGUUUAGGAACAAACAUGCAGAUGUAUAUAUGUCCCUGAAUUAUAUGUGUAAUGGAAUUUUAAAUUACACCCGAUUGCAACCACAUGAAGAAACAUACUACAUUGUGGGAAAGCUGUUAGAUCGUUGCAUGGAAUUCCCCUACGCACAAACUCAUGUGUCGACUUUUAUUCAGAAGAUGACAGAAAACUAUAUUUUGUACAAGCGAUAUAAAUCGAAAAUGAAGAAAAAUUACAGGGGUAGUCGAAGUACCAAAAUAGCUAUUAAUAAUAUGAAUAUGUUUUGGAAGGAAUUUAAAAAGGAUGUAAAAUUGCUAAAGAGAAAUGUACGUAAGAGGAGAGGAAGCUUUAACAAUGUAAAUUUUAAGGAGAAGGGGGAAAUGAAAUCGCAUAUAAUGAACAAUUGUACAGGAGGGGAUGAAAAGGAAGGGGAUUUAAUUACAGCCGAUGGUGGUGAAAUAUGGAAGAAAGGUCGAAAGGAGAACUACUUCUCCUUAGGAGAAUUUCCACAAAUUGCAAAAAAAUGGAAGGAUAUAUUGUUUAUAAUUAUUCAUUCGUUAAAUGAAAAUCAGGAGUUCGAUUAUUUUUCUCAUUCCAUGUUUGAUAUGUUUUCCAAUUUUCCCGUAAAAAUAGAAUUGCCAGGUCGUAGGCUAAAAUAUAUAGGAGAACAUAUAAAUUAUCUGAACGAUUUAAACUUAUAUUGUUCUACGAAUAUUGUGAGAAUGAACAAGCCCAUAAUGCCCACAGUUCUAAGUACCAGGUGCAUGAAGAGUAUUAGUUUCUUAACGAGCGAUGGAAAUAUUCAGUAUUACACCGUAGAGAGUUGUAAUUCUAUUCGGAGAAAAUCAGAGGAGAAAUUUACGAUGCUUCAAAUUUUGAUGAAUAACACCAUGUUUAAAUUUUCACAUACAAAGAAGAGGGGUCUGUCCUUUGGAAUAAAUAUACAUACCCCUCUACACCCGAGUUUUAAAUUAAAGGAUGAAACUUUUGAGGAUAUUUCUCUGAGGGAGCUCUAUAACCAUUACAUGUUGGUUACGAAGAAUGAAAAGUAUUCGAUAGAUAAUAUACUACUACAUCAUAGAAAUUUGAUAAAAAAUUCAAUACGCACAUUUUUGCUAAACAAAGUCGAAUGUGUGGUGAGAGAAGAGGAAGUAGCCAUGGCAGAAAGGAAUAAAAAGAAGAAGAGCUCUCUCGAUAAAGGGAACGAAGAGAAGGGAACCAUUCUUGUGAAUAAAACGAAGAGUGAAGAAAUUCCGGAAAUAAGAGCCGCAGGAAGUAUGGUAAAAAAUACCAUCCUGAAAAAGAACAGUAAUGAUAUUUUCGUGAAUGCAAAAAAAAGUGGCAGUAACUCCAGUUCCUGUAACACUGAUAAAAUGGUUGAAGGAAUGCUCUACAAAGCGCAAAUGGAGUAUUACAAUUCCUUAUCAUAUGAAGAACUAAUCCAGAACUUUAGAACGGAGAAAUGGUUUAGGAAAUCCUUCAGAAAAUGUGUGAGGAAAAUUGUAAAAUUACACUUCAAAGAUAUUUGUAAAAUGGUGCCGAAAAAUAUAAUGAAGAAUUACUUCUACUCUUUGCACAACGAUUUAGAAAGCUAUUACGUUAUGAAUAGCCAGUUCGUUAAGAGCUACUCUCUAACGUGUAUGCUAAAUUAUAUUUUUUUCCAACAAAACUCAUCUCUACAUACGAUUAUGUUAUCCAAGCGUUCAGGAAGAACUAUGUUUUCAGAAGGAAAACCCUCCUAUAUGAAUUUGCGCAAAUAUAAUCCGAAGGAAGAAGGGAUCCGGAAAAGAGGCGUACCCUUCAGACUUACCCGGAACAUUCAGCAAUUUAUUGGGUUCCAAGGGUUAAGGGGGGCAUUCCCAUCCAAUUUUUACGUAUCAAUAAUGGCUCUAAAAAAAAACAUGAACUAUGUAAGAGACUUUUUAAAUCUUACAACUUUGGAUGAUUUUUACUCUCUAUAUGUGUAUGGGGAAAAUAGGAAAAUUCUGUUAAAUAAGGAAAGGAGUUUAAAUGAUGAAGAGGUUAAGCAUGCUUACGUGAAAUCCUUUCAUGUGGACGAUUCGACAAGAAAAAUGAUCAUAAAAGAUGCGGAAGACCAUGUAAGGAACGUAUGCUAUCGAAUUAGCAGUUUAUAUAAAAACAUAUUAGGUAGGAAGAAGAAAGUUUCUCUGUCAAAGGAGGAUGAGUGCAAAAAGGAGAGCGAUGUGUUCAAGGGAUUGGAGUACUACUCAGAUUUGCAGGACAUUUCCUUAUCCGAAUUAUCGUCGGAUGACGAUCUUGAGCAUGCGAAAAAUAAUAGUGAGGAUAAGAACGCACAAAAUGCGAAAAAAACUAAUGCAAAUGCGAAAAGGAAAAGAAGUGAAACUCAAUCCAAGCUACUCAAGGUAGAGGGCAGUAGCAAAAUAUGCAAGAGUAGAAAAAGUCCUUUGAAGAAGGAACCAAACGGGGGGGAUAAUAAUGUGUGCAAUAAGGGAGAUUCCCUAAUCAAUGGAUCCAACGUGGCCACUGAUACGUCACCCAACAAGGAGAAAAGCUUGAUUGGGGAUGAAGCAACUGGAGAAACGAGGCAUAGUGAGGAGAUUGAAAAGAGUGGUAAUGGGGAUAGUAACAUGGAGAUUGCAAAUAAUGCAAGUAAUGUAGAUAACGCUACUGAUAGGAACAACGGAUUAAUCACCCCCAAUGACAAGAGUAAUAAGAAAAGGCGAAGGAGCAGGAAGAAGCCAAAUGGGGACCCAAAGGAAGAACAAUCCGAGCCGAACCAGGCACAAGCACCCAUGGAGGAGAAAACACUGGAAAAUAAAUCUACCAAUGAACAGAACAAGAAAAAUAAAACGACUGCUUCUAGGUGUAAGAAUAACAGAACGCAAAAGGGAGAGGAGCAAAAUGUUACAAAAAAUGUACUCCUUGAUAAUGGGCGAGACCAAAAUACCGAGUCAAAAUGUACUGGAAGCAAUUUGCAAAAGGAACAGAGUGCAAAACUUAGGGAAAACGGACACACACACAUGGAUGAAUCACACAAUUCUGUGAUUGAUUUAAUGGAAAUCUCUAUGAGUAAGAAGUAUUUAAAAACCGCGAAUGGCCCCUGGUUCCCGUGGUUCUAA